UAUGAUAUUUACUCUCUGCUACGGCUUAGGCAGCUAGGGCAGCAUCCUCAGCGACAGCUUCAACAACAUUCCGGACAAUAUUUACUCACCAUUUCCUUUUUCUUCUGCUGAUUUGAGCUGCUGCUAAUUGAGCUGUCAACUGACAUCCAACUUAAUGGCCCUACUUGUAACCAAACCAAGUUCGUUCUUAAUGAUGUAAGUAAAGUGUUAAAUGUAUCGUUUUAAUGAUGAUUUAACAUGUUAUCAGUGUCGUUCGAAUUCAUGUAACCUGAUCAAUUUUUUCUCUAAUUUAAUGUUGUCCUUUGUUAGGUUUCGUACCCGCUUCAAAGAAGAUGAGAGAUUUGAGUUAAAAAUUUUAGCACAAAGUAUUGAGAUAAUGAUAGGUUAUGUCACUAAAGUCAUGCACGGAUGGAAAAAGGGAAAGAGCAUAAUAUAUAAGUGAAAGAUAAUAUCUUUAUUGUCAUAAAACUUUUAGAUGAAAUUAAAAUUAAACAAUAGUAUAUCGUGAUAAGGAUAGAGUGUUAAGUUUGAAUAUCACGGUUUAGUUUGCCCUUUUAAUUUAUAAGUAAGGAUUUUAUCAUAGAAGAAAGUUUGUAACUUAAUAGAAGGACGGGAAGGGAGUGAAAAUUUUGAGAAGAAUUCAAAUUUCAAAAGUUAAAAAUGGAAAAUGGAGUAAAAAAGGAUGAAAAAGAGAAGCAUAUUAAUAUUUAUGUAAUGGUUUUGGUGCGGCAGCAGCAGCAAAGCAACCGUGGUUUUAAUGAUCAAGAGCUCUCAUUUUCAUGCAAGUUUGGUUAUAAAUGCAGAACCUUUACUAUUGUAGCUUCCCUUUCACCAAUUGCUUAAAUAACCCGUUUCCCUGUAAAUCUUUCCACUGCCCUCCCCUCUCUCUCUCUCUGAUUCAAUAAAAUCUUCCUUUUUCUGUGCGAGCAUCUCUCUGAGGCGUGACAGUGCAGAGGCUGGGGUGCCUGAGCUGAAAAUUGAAAAAAGGGGGGUUCGAACAUAAAGCCGAAAUUCAAUGGAAUUUAUUUGGAGAAAGGUUUGAAUGAGGCUGUGCAGUACUGAAAGUGGUACAUUAUCUGAAAUGGAUGCUGCUUGGAGUAAGCUGAUUUUGAAGUUUGUGGUCAAAAAGCCGUUGUGAAAAGUGGAUUACCUUAUACAUGCUUCUUCUGGGUAUCUUAGUGAAGGGAUAAUGGAUAUUGGUGACACAGAUAAAUUUAGACUAGAAAGUAGCACAGGGGAUUCUAUUAACUAUUCACAUAGCAUGUCUUCGGACUGGCGAUUUGGCGAGACGACUCUCAUGAAUAUUCCGAUGGGUUUGGUUUUGCCAGGGAAUGUGGAUGUAAUUAGGAAUCAGGAUAUGGUCGGUUGUUCUUCUUCCACUGCUCCUGUAGUAGAGCCAUUCAGCUCUACCAUUUGGGAACAAGCAGCUAAUUGUCAAAACUUGGGAAUUUGCAACAUUCGAGACCAGAACAACUGCAGUACUUCUUCAAACACCAUAGCAAUUAGCAAGGCCAGUGGCUGUCCAGUUUCUUUGAGCAGUGACAUUGACAGAACACUUGACAUCAGCUGGAACCUAUCACAUUCUAGGUUGAAAGGAGGAGUUUACCUACCAAAUAUUCCCGGUCCGCUCCCACCGAGCUUAUCUCAACUUCCAGCCGAUUCUUCAUUUAUCGAGCGUGCAGCCAGGCUCUCAUGCUUUAGUGGUGGAAAUUUUGGUGAUAUUGUUGGCCAUUUCAACAUUCCUGAGCCUAUGUGUGCUUUUUCUAGAGGCAUGGGAGUAAUACCGGAGAGAAGGGAUAAUAUUUCUCGAAAUGGGUUAGUAUCUGAAACUGGAGGACAAUCUCAAAGAAACAUGGUUGACAGUAGUGAAGCUUCCAAACCUGUUUCUUUGACUAAUGAACAUGGAGCUACUGGAAGGACUUUGCCAGAAAGUGAAAGCCCUUUGAAAUUGAAUGAUCGUGGUAAACUUGCCAUUGAUGGGUCUGCUAAUGAUUCUGAUAAAGCUGAGUUUAGCAGUGGUGAUGGUUCUGGUGAGCCUUGUAUGUUGGAGGUUACAGGUAAGGAACUUUCUGCCAAGGGCUUCGGCUCAAGGAAAAGGAAAAGGACUGGACAGAAGACUGAACUUGAUCAAGCCAAUGGACCUCUGCAACAAAAUGGUGUUUCAGCUAAAGAUAAUAUCGAUACUCAGCGGAAGGGAGAUCAAAAUCCAAGUUCAACCACAAACAAGGGUACAGUAAAACAUGGUAAACAGGCACCUCAACCUUCAGAUCCGCCAAAGGAAGAAUAUAUUCAUGUUAGAGCUCGGAGGGGCCAGGCGACAAACAGCCAUAGUCUUGCAGAGAGGGUAAGGAGGGAGAAGAUUAGUGAGAGGAUGAAGUUCCUUCAAGAACUAGUCCCCGGUUGCAGCAAGGUUACUGGCAAGGCAGUUAUGCUAGACGAAAUCAUAAACUACGUCCAAUCGCUGCAACGACAAGUUGAGUUUUUAUCAAUGAAACUCGCUACUGUUAAUCCAAGGUUGGAUAUCAACAUUGAUGGACUCCUAGCCAAAGAUAUUCUUCAAUCACGAGCUGGUCCAUCGUCGGGAUUUUCUUCACAUAUGCCCAUUACGGGUCCCCUGCCAAGUAUUUCUCAUCAUGGACUUAUCCCAAGCAGUUUUCCUGCCAUAGGGAGCUGUGAGAUGUUAAGAAGCACAAUAAAUUCCCAGAUGACUCCAAUGUCCGGUGGAUUUAAGGAGCGUACUCAGAUAAAGAAUGUGUGGGAUGGUGAACUUCAAAACAUUGUGCAGAUGAGCUUUGGGAUGUCUACUCCCCCCAGUUGUUUAGAAAUUGAUGGAUCUGAUUCACCAGCCAAUACAAAACUCCAAAGUUGAACUUUAAAAUUUAUACUAGGUCGACGCGAACUAUUCUGCUUCAUGUACAGGUGCAUUAGUGUUAGUAUGAGAUCCAUCGCCAUGAACUAUUUCUACUUCAUGGUAAUGGUGAGCAAAAGAAGCUACGGCAUUUAGUUGUCCAAAAUGUGAUAUAAGAAAUACCAUUAUUGUACUUGGAGCUGUGUUACUCUUGCUGGUGACUGAUUCAGAGCGGUCGAGAAAUUAGUGACCUAACGGAGAAACAGUUUCCAUUCUAGUUAGUUCAGAUUAUAGGAGUCCUUGCCUUUCCUUGGAGGAUGUAUAGAGGUCAAGGAAUCGACAUUCGAAACCAAUGAACAGCUUAAGAGGAGAGUCGAUAGUGUCUCUGAUUUCUCUAGAGCUGAAAUGGAUUGGCUGUAAUUUUUACAACUCUGCAAAGGGAACUAUGGAAGUGUUCUUGUUAAGUGUUAGUGAAACAUCUUCAGCUUAUUAAGCAAUUUGAUGAGUUAUUGUUACUACUUUCUCCUGCAUCAGUCAUGAAAUGGCCUUGAUUUUCAUGGUUGAUGCAGGAGGAAGGGUCACUUAAAUUGUUUCCAACAAUGUUAAUGAUAAGAUUUGGUAAUUUAGCUUGUAAUAA